CUUCAAUUGGUGGAAUUUGAGAGGUGCACAUUUGGCACUGACUUUCUUUGUGAAUUGUCUACAUCAUUGCCUGUAAAAAAGCCGUCGCUAACUUUUGCGCAUUGCUCAAUAUCUCCAUCAUUUGAUAAUCAUACAGUAAUUGAUAUGCCGUAUAGUUCAUUUGGUUGUUUAUUAUUGAGGGAAAAGAAAACAAACCCGACAGCAAUAGAAGUUUAUCUCAAAGUAGCAAUGGAUGCUCAAACUUUUUAUUAUGAAUUUUAUGGUAAUAACAAGAUAAAAUCAUCAACAUCAAUUAUUUUCGAAACCUUCAAAAACGAUUUUAAAAAGAUUAUCAUUGAAAUCCGAUGUUUUAAUAUUGAAAAGCUGGUGAUUGAACUAACAGUUGAUAUCUAUUCGAUUGGAUGUCUUGAAGGCGAUAGUAUCACGUUCCAUUAUGAGGAAAAUUGUAAAGAUACCAUUGUUCCUGAUCAUUUUUACAGUGGUUGGUAG